AUGAGAGAAGUCAUUUCUAUCCACGUUGGUCAGGCUGGUGUGCAGAUUGGAAAUGCAUGCUGGGAGCUGUACCUGACGGAACACGGCCUCUCGCCUGAUGGCCGUCUCCAAGCCAAUUCACCUUCGUUGAAUGAUGAUGGCUUCAGCACAUUCUUCUCCGAGACUGGCUCUGGCAAACAUGUGCCUCGCAGUCUGUACGUGGACCUGGAGCCAAACACCAUCGACGCCGUCCGCACCGGUACCUACAGAACUCUCUUCCAUCCUGAGACUCUUGUGAAUGGCAAGGAGGAUGCGGCCAACAACUACGCUCGUGGUCACUACACUGUCGGCAAGGAGCUGGUAGACACCGUCCUUGACAAGGUUCGCCACCUCGCCGACAACUGCACUGGCCUUCAGGGCUUUUUCAUCUUCCACUCUUUCGGUGGUGGUACUGGCUCUGGCUUCGGUGCUCUCCUCCUUGAGCGUCUUUCUACCGACUAUGGCAAGAAGUCCAAGCUCGAGUUCUGCGUUUACCCCGCACCAAAGAUGGCGACGUCUGUUGUUGAACCUUACAACUCCGUCCUCACGACUCAUACCACCCUUGAGCACUCUGAUUGCUCUUUCAUGGUUGACAACGAGGCUAUUUAUGAUAUCUGCCGCCGGAAUCUCGGUGUCCAGGCUCCUAGCUACACAAACCUGAACCGGCUUAUUGCCCAGGUUGUCUCCAGCGUCACUGCUUCCCUUCGUUUUGAUGGCAGCCUCAACGUCGACCUGAACGAAUUCCAGACUAACCUUGUGCCCUUCCCUCGUAUUCACUUCCCUCUGGCUACUUACGCUCCUAUCAUCUCUGCGGACAAGGCGCAUCAUGAGCAGAACUCCGUUGCGGAGAUGACCUCGUCUUGCUUCGAGAGUGGUAACCAGAUGGUCAAGUGCGACCCGAAGGACGGCAAGUACAUGGCUUGCUGCCUGCUCUACCGUGGUGAUAUCGUCCCGAAGGAUGCCAACGCCGCCGUUGCCACCAUCAAGACAAAGCGCACCAUCCAGUUCGUCGAUUGGUGCCCGACUGGCUUCAAGCUUGGUAUCUGCAAUGAGCCUCCCGCGUAUAUCCCCGGCGGCGAUCUUGCAAAAUGCUCCCGCUCUCUUUGCAUGCUUUCCAACACAACGGCCAUUGCAUCCGCUUGGGCUCGUCUCGACCACAAGUUUGAUCUUCUCUACUCUAAGCGUGCCUUCGUUCACUGGUACGUUGGUGAGGGCAUGGAGGAGGGUGAAUUCUCUGAGGCCCGCGAGGAUCUCGCCGCCCUGGAAAAGGAUUAUGAGGAGGUCGGCAACGACAGCGCUGAACUCGAGGAGGAGGCUGAAUACUAA